CACAUCAGCAAACCGCUCCGACCACCUUCUUCCCUUUCUUUCUUCCCCAUUUUCCCUCAGAGAUAGUGAUUCCAAAUCCUCGAGUGUUGGAAUAUGUUGGCAUCUCCGGCGAUGACUGCCGUUGCUACUGCGGCAGGCAUCAGGUGUGAUCAUGGCCCUUGUUGCUUUUGGAAUGAGAAGGGGAACAAACUGAGAAGUAGAACCAAGCAGAGCUCUUUCUCAAGAAUUGCUUCGGUUUCGGCCUCGGCCUCCCCUCUUUCUACCAAUCACAAGACAAAGGAAUUGUCUCGUUCCCAAAUCUACCUGGAGGUUCUUAAAGCUGCCAGGGAGAGGUUCACUCAGGAAAUUUCUUUCCAGUCCAAGGACAAAGACAUCUCUCUUGCAAAAGUUUUGCUGUAUGUGGCAGCUGAAGAUGAGGCAUUCUUGGCUCUCAACAGAGAAUUGGAUGCAGAGUUCCUUUCAAAAGAAAGAAGAUCAGCUUCUGUGUCUUCUGAUGCCCAAAAGUGUGAUUCUUUAGACAAUAUGCCUAUGUCCGGAAGGACAAUAUCUCAGUGGCUGAGUGAACUGGCUUCUAUUGCUAAAGAAGUUGAGGCGGAACUAAUUUCAAGAGAUAUAGGCUGCCAUUUGGUUGAGGUUUUAGAAGCAGUUAAUGUAGUUUUUUUUGGAUUGAAAGGCUUCAAGCGGACACCUGUUCCUGUAGAUUCCAAAUGUUCAUACUUGCACUCUGUGCUGAGUUCUAGAUGUGGCAGUGCGAUUUUGCUUAGCAUUAUUUACAUUGAGGUUUGUCGAAGACUUGGUCUGACCAUUGUGGGAUCUCGUCGGGAAGAUUUUUUGAUAUGGCCCCAAACUGGGAACCCAGAGGAGCUCUUCAAGGUAACUAAUGGAAAGAGCUUGUUUGCUAUUGUCAAUGGAAGGUGUGUUGAUGACCCUAAAUCUAGGGCAUCAGACUUAACUAGCAAUUCACUUUUAGGACUUGAGAUAGCUUCAAACCGGGAUAUCAUUGGGAUUGCUUUGGCAAACUUGAUCAGGCUUCAUUGGAAACGCGCUUCGAGGCUGAAUCAUGGGCUGAUGUUGACUACUCCUCUUAGGCUUGUUGACUAUGCUUCUGAAAAAUCCAACAAGUUUGAUAAUUCAAAUGCCUGUGUGCUGAGGCCCCAAGAUCUUAGGCUGGCUAUUAUGGCUUCCGAGAGAUUAUUAAUUCUGCAGCCGCAUAACUGGGCUCUGAGGAGGGACCAUGGGAUGAUGUUGUACUACAACAAGGACUACGGGGAGGCAGUUCAAGAACUUAGCAUUUGUAUGGCAUUUGCGCCGGAAGAAGAGGCGGAGAUUUUGGAACCAUUUGUCGAGAAACUGCAUUUGCUGCGGCUGGAAGCUUCGUGGAAGUCCAUGGGGCAUAAUCAUUUGACAGUUCCUUAGGUUGUACUCUGCCCCUAAUUGGCUGCUCUCCGCCCUUAACAUCCCCCCAUCAACCCCCUCCCUCUCUCUCUCUCUCUCUCUCUCUGAAUGGCAUUUUUGGUAGUGUUGAAACAAUCCGAGGCUGUAUAAUCUCAAGGCCAGAGUAGCUAGUCCAAUCAGUCCCCAACUUUUGUAUGUGUAUAAGAUGCGAUACAACGUUAGUAUAGAUCAAGAACUCAAGAACUCGGAAGCAAUGGAUUUCUUGACAUUCACUCUUGCUUGGAGACAUUGUCCUUCCCGUGAUCUGUCCAGUACAUUCGGUUUUGGAUACGGCUUUACCACA